AUGUCCUCAUCCACAGGCGCAGACAGCCCCGAGGCGUCUAAAUCAGCGCCCGACUCCAAGAUCGACCAUGCCGCCUCCUUAAAAUACUGGAACGAUAUGCCGGCUACGUCUAGUGGCAUGCUCGCCAUGCUCGGUGAAUAUCCGUGGUAUUCCCGCAUCGACCUCCGCGGCUCGCGCGCCUUCCUCGCGAAAGUCCGUCGCCUGCUACCCUCUUGCAGCACCACAGGCAAACUCAACCAGGGAGUGGACUGCGGCGCGGGCGUUGGGCGCAUAACGGAGGGGUUUCUGAGCCAGGUGUGCGAGGUUGUCGAUGUGGUGGAACCGGUCGCAAAAUUCACGGAUGUGGUGCGUGAAAGUUCGCUCAAGCAGAACGGCAUCGUCGGGGAUAUCUACACUGUGGGAAUCGAGGGGUGGAAUCCGGAGAAGAAGUACGAUUUGAUCUGGACACAGUGGUGUGUGGGACAUUUGACGGACACGCAACUGGUGGAAUAUUUCAAGCGUUGCCGGGAUGCGCUGACGGAUACUGGGAUUAUGGUGGUCAAGGAAAAUCAAUCCACGGAUAUCAGCGGCGAAGACAUGUUUGAUGAGGUGGAUAGCAGCGUCACGCGGACGGAUGAGAAGUUCAGGAAGCUUUUCGCAGAAGCUGGGAUGACUGUGUUUCUGUCAGAAAUUCAGACGGGAUUCCCCAAGAACUUUCGACUUUUGCCAGUCCGGUCCUAUGCGUUGCGACCCAACAGCUGA